AUGGUUUUCAUAUCCGGUUCACAUAAGCGCCAGGCUUUGACGGACCACACUGCGGAAGGGAGGGUGUUGUCCUCUCGGGAGAUUCAGAACGGAGGCCCUCUGGGAUUGGCAAAGCACACCCAGCACUGGGGGCUUCCUCAAUCGUCUACAACCUCCAGGGUUGAUUACAACAAGACGACAGAGUCUCUGAUCGCCUCGGAGACGAUGCCUUCCAAGCCGGAUACUUUAUAUCGUCCCGGGUUCCAAUCGAGCAUUUCUUCUACAGGGUUGACCAAUUCUUCUUCAGCCUCUGGUGCUGGCUCACUCGCGUUGUCCAAUCGGCUGCAUCCGGACCACCCUUUGCAAGGCUCACAUGAAAGUGCAAACAUAUCAAGGGGUUCUUAUGGAUCUUUGCGCGACACCACACCAGGCAUAGCCAUGCAGUAUGAUGUUCGGGGCGAAAUGAGGCCACAGGGAUGCACAUUGGAAUGCCGGAAUGAAAUACGCACCCUGCGCCGUCGUCUGGAGGACCGACAAAUCGCAUACGAUCGGCUUCUGAAUGACUACAACCACCUGCAAAACCAGUUGGAGACGGUUCAGCUGGUCAGAGCCACGGACCGAAUACCUCUCGAGCAGCACAGCUACGAUAUGUCGAUGGCGGAAAGCCGGCGGGAUCGACUUCAUGAGGACUUUGAUCGUCUUCCGAGCCAGCCUGAACGUCUGAUCCAACAACACAACCACAACCGCGACGAUGCGAGCCAGAUUGCUCCAGUCGACCAUCUAAGGAGAAAUGUUGACGACGGAAGUCAGCGAGUGGAGUCAGACAAGCUCUCCCAAGAUCAGCGUGUGGAAGAAACGAAACCAGCUCGUUCUUGGGAGACGCUUCCUAGUCAAAGAUUUUCGUACAUGCUGCCAAAAGCACCAAGUCAACGUGAUAUUGGCGUCCAGCAAUCUGUACCGGCGAUCAGCCGGACCUCGCCUGAAGUGCAAGUGGGCAACACUGAUGACAGAUUCGAAGGAGAUUUCCCAGAGCAAACCAGCCACACAAACGGACCGGAUGCUUCCUCUGCGCUGAGGACCUCGCCUGAUGUCAUGGACCGCGAUAGUCAAUCAGAGCAGUCCGAAGCAGUUGUGAGAGGUAGCAGUGACCGCCGAUACCACGUCGCAGAAACUGCUGCAAAUGUUAACAAAGAGUCACGAAGCACGACAAGGCCGGACCGCUCGGAGACAGGCGGAAGACCGGAUUACGCUGCGUUGUUGUUCGCCAGCAUGGGCAUGGAGCUUCGAACAAUCGAUAACUCCCAUCCAUUGCGAGCUGACCGAGAGCUGCCCUCUGCGCUUGCUGCUAAGCCUGAGCAGCACCCACCUGGGCAGCUUUCAGCUACUCCUGCAAAGGCCCCCACAUCACAUCGGGCUUCGGCGGAGGUUUCGCAUCGGGGCAGACGUGGCCGUCGCCAUCGCCGCGGGCGUGGCAGUGGGCGUGGCCAUCUCCAGAAUGAUCCAGUGGUGAUGCAGCCGAGAGCUCAUUCUCCACCACUACCAGCACAACCCCCUGUUCAGGUGGCGCCGCGUAGACAACUAGGGGGCCCGAUGCCCCCGCCGCCGCCGCCGCCAGACUGGGACCGAGCAGCACAAACAUCUGACAACUACGGAGGGCGUGCUGAUUCAAACAAACGGAAGUCAUCGCCAUCCCCUGUGGCCCCAAGUCCGAAACAACGACGAUGUAACAGCUACACUUAG